GGCGCAGAGUGGCUCCAUCGGCAGCGCUGGAAUUCUCUGUAUCCCUCCCUCGGAGCAUCCUCGCCCAGAAAAGGGCUUUUCCCCCUCUGUGCCGCCCGGCGGAGCCCCGGGAGGGGAGGGACGCGCGCGGGGAUGCUGGGAUCGGCCGGGACGCUGGGAAGCGCCGCUGGAUGAGCUGAGAGCGUUGGCUGGGAUUCGGGAAUCUCGGGAGCAGCAUGGCCCAGGGCAGGAGGCACGCGUCCGGCCGGGCCUCCAGCACCGCCAGGAUGAGCGCGGAGGGCGGGAGCAGGCCCCUCAAGGUGGGCUCCCGCGUGGAGGUCAUCGGGAAGGGGCACCGCGGCACCGUGGCCUACGUGGGGGCCACCCUGUUCGCCACCGGCAAGUGGGUCGGGGUCAUCCUGGACGAGCCCCGGGGCAAGAACGACGGCACCGUGCAGGGCAGGAAGUACUUCACCUGCGAGGAGAACCACGGCAUCUUCGUGCGCCAGUCACAGAUCCAGGUGUUUGAGGAUGGAGCCGACACAACGUCCCCAGAAACCCCGGAAUCUGCUGCCAUGAAGGUCCCCAAGAGAGAUUCCGUGGAUGCCGCCAAGACCAGCAAACUGACCAGCACCCGCCGGCCCAAGCCCACCCGCACCCCCACGUCCGGCGGGGCCGGGCCCUCGGGCUCAGCCUCGGCCUCGGGGGGGGAGAUGAGCAGCAGCGAGCCCGGGACCCCCGCCCAGACCCCGCUGGUGGCCCCCGUGAUCCCCACGCCCGGCCUGCCCUCCCCGGGGGCACCCCCCGUGCCCUCGCCCACCAAGGAGGAGGAGAAUCUCCGUGCCCAGGUCAGGGACCUGGAGGAGAAACUGGAGACACUGAAGAUCAAACGGAAUGAGGACAAGGCAAAGCUCAAAGAGCUGGAGAAGUACAAGAUCCAGCUGGAGCAGGUGCAGGAAUGGAAGAGCAAAAUGCAGGAGCAGCAGGCCGACCUCCAGAAGCGCCUGAAGGAGGCCAAGAAGGAGGCCAAGGAUGCCCUGGAGGCCAAGGAGCGGUACAUGGAGGAGAUGGCGGACACGGCCGACGCCAUCGAGAUGGCCACGCUGGACAAGGAGAUGGCCGAGGAACGCGCCGAGUCCCUGCAGCAGGAGGUGGACUCCCUCAAGGAGAAGGUGGAAUAUCUCACCAUGGACCUGGAGAUCCUCAAGCACGAGAUCGAGGAGAAAGGCUCUGAUGGAGCAGCAUCCAGCUACCAGGUCAAACAGCUGGAGGAGCAGAACGCCCGGCUCAAGGAGGCCCUGGUCAGGAUGAGGGACCUGUCGGCCUCGGAGAAGCAGGAGCACGUGAAGCUGCAGAAGCAGAUGGAGAAGAAGAACACGGAGCUGGAGUCGCUGCGGCAGCAGCGGGAGAAGCUGCAGGAGGAGGUGAAGCAGGCGGAGAAGACGGUGGAUGAGCUGAAGGAGCAGGUGGAUGCAGCUCUGGGUGCCGAGGAGAUGGUGGAGACUCUAACGGAGAGAAACCUGGACCUGGAGGAGAAGGUCCGGGAGCUGCGUGAGACCGUCGGGGACCUGGAGGCCAUGAACGAGAUGAACGACGAGCUGCAGGAGAACGCGCGGGAGACGGAGCUGGAGCUGCGGGAGCAGCUGGACAUGGCCACGGGCCGCGUGCGCGAGGCCGAGAAGCGCGUGGAGGCAGCGCAGGAGACCGUGGCCGACUACCAGCAGACCAUCAAGAAGUACCGGGAGCUCACGGCUCACCUCCAGGACGUGAACCGGGAGCUCAUGAGCCAGCAGGAAGCGUCUGCGGAGAAGCAGCAGCAGCCGCCCCCCGAGAUGUUCGACUUCAAGAUCAAGUUUGCGGAGACGAAAGCCCACGCCAAGGCCAUCGAGAUGGAGCUGCGGCAGAUGGAAGUGCAGCAGGCGAACCGCCACGUGUCCCUCCUCACCUCCUUCAUGCCUGACAGCUUCCUGCGGCACGGCGGGGACCACGACUGCGUCCUGGUGCUGCUGCUCAUCCCCCGCCUCAUCUGCAAGGCGGAGCUGAUCAGCAAACAGGCCCAGGAGAGGUUCGAGCUGAGCGAGAGCUGCGCGGAGCGCGCGGGGCUGCGCGGGGCCGCGGGGGAGCAGCUCAGCUUCGCCGCCGGGCUCGUGUACUCCCUGAGCCUGCUCCAGGCCACGCUCCACAAAUACGAGCAGGCCCUCAACAAGUGCAGUGUGGAGGUGUACAAGAAGGUGGGGACCCUGUACCCCGAGAUGAGCGUCCACGAGCGCUCCCUGGACUUCCUGAUCGAGCUGCUCCACAAGGACCAGCUGGACGAGACCGUCAACGUGGAGCCGCUCACCAAAGCCAUCAAGUACUACCAGCACCUGUACAGCAUCCACCUGGCUGACCAGGCUGAGGACUGCACCCUUCAGCUGGCUGACCACAUCAAGUUCACCCAGAGUGCCUUGGACUGCAUGGGGGUGGAGGUGUGUCGGCUCCGGGCCUUCCUCCAGGUAGGACCUUCCUCCAGGCCAAGCAGGAGCAGGCGCAGGGCCCGGCGCUGUGCGGGCGGGUGUCGUUCCCGUGCCCCCCGGGGCAGGGCCAGGCGCACCGGCUGCUGCUCACCCCGGACCUGCUGCAGCACCUCCGCCAACACUUCGUCGCCUGAGAGUCCCCCGGAACGGGAUGAGGGUCCCCUGCGCCCCCCCCCGCCCCCCGGGCACCCCCACUGCCCCCCCCUCGGCUUCACUCGCGGGUGGAGCCGGAGCCGCUUCCCCCGGGGGGAUCCGGGACCCCCCCUGCUGCUCUCAGACACUACAGACCCCGGGACCCCCCGGCCUGGGCCGUCCCGGGGGGGCCGGAGCCCCCCGCGCCCCCCUGUGCCCCCGGGCCGGGGAUGCGACCCCCCCGCGCUCCUGCUCUCCAAUAAAAUGCCCUGAACCUGAA